GUCUGAAUUGGUCUUUAGAUCGUCAAUUAUCACGGAGUGUCUCAAGAAAAAGGAAAAAUGAAGAGAAUGGGACCGUUUCUAGAGCCUACAGAUUUGCCCAGGGUGGGGCACCAUAAAGUGAGACGCCUAAAUAUAGUUUUGCCCAGUGGCUCAAAAACCAUUGGUAAGCAGACCGAAAACGUUGAUAAUAGUCUUAAAAAUAAAGUUGCCAAAUUGGAGAAGCAAGUAAUUAAUCUGACAAAAAAACACGUGGAAGGAUCUAAGAAACCUGACCAUGUUGUAUACGGUCAGAAGCCCCUUCACCGCAUUCCAAAAGCAACAUCAUCAGCUAUAUUUGGAAAGUCUGGUUGUAGCUGUAAAUCUGUGUGGAGUUGCUCCUCACAGAUUUGUGGUUGCGUGAAGAACAGCAACAAAUGUGGUCUGUCAUGUAAAUGUGACAAUGAAAUGUGUAAAAAUCAGAAACCAGAAUAUGAUCAAGAGAAGAAUAAAUUGUGUUGCAAUUAGGCUGGG